AUGCUCAGAAAAAUCCGUCACUCGUUGAAUUGUCUUCCAAGACGCCACUGUAAUUGUGACGAUGACAGUGACCCUCCGGUCCAACCUCCCCGCCCACCGAGAAAAGGCCGACCUAAUCGCCCAGUGGCAAAGGUACCAAACCAACCUCUACGUCAACCACUUCCUAAGAAUGUGGUGAGAACCCCGGUUCCAUCCGAGUCCCAGCCCAGCAAUACAGGUGAGGAGAACGAAGAAGCUGAGGAUGAAGAGGAGGAGGAAGGCGAGGAAGAAGGCGAGGAAGAAGGUGAGUAUGAAGAGGACGAAGAAGCUGAGGAGGCCGAUAACAGCGAGGAUCAUUAUUCUGAUGCCCACCCGCACACGGAGGUUUCUCACAUAGGAAUAACACCCCUAUUGACUGGGGCAAAUAUCGAAGAUGAGUCUUCGCCUAGUGAUGGCCCAUCUUCCCUUUCAACAAGAUAUCCCCACGCCGACAACCCAUUCGAGGUAAGUGAUAAUGAUUCCAGCAAGAGUGCAUCUGGUGAUGACUUUCACUCCGUCUCAAGAAAUUUACACACAGGCAUUACUCCUGAGAUGAGUGAUGCCGGCCUUGAUGAGUCCCAAUAUCAUUCAUUGCCAGAAUCAGAAGGAAGCCCUAGUCCAGUGAGGAGGUCUUCUACACGUGAAAACAGUGCCGACGAAGAGGGCUAUGAUGGAGCUGAUGAGGACAGCUAUAAUUCCGACCUACCCGAACAAGUCGACGAAGAAAUGUACAAUCACACGACAGGGCAUGAAGACGGAUCCGAAUAUCACAGACGAUCAUGGCUGAGCACUUCUAGUGACAGGAGGCGCCGGCGUUCCCUAGAGAGUCAAGCUCAAGCCGAUGCUGAAUACAGGGAUUCCGAUGGCAGCAGCGGUAGCAACAAGCGGCAGCGUCUUGAACGCUCACCCGAUACCGUAAGUAGGAGAGCGAUGACUGGCGUCGAACCGACCACGAGAGACAUAUUCAGGUACCGGAGGAAAGGAGCACAAUACCAAAGAUGGAUAGACGAUCCCGAAGAGCUAGGUUGCAAAGUUUAUCCGGCAGCAUUAACUAUAGAGCAGAUGAUUGACGAAGCGCAGCCAUUGCCUUGGGUAAUCCAGGAUUCUCACCUGGUGGUAGAGCCCAUGGCAUUACAAGGCGGCGAUGUCGAAUCGAUGAAUAUUGCUCGUGGAGGUAGCCGAUACCGCUAUACACACCUCCGAAGAGAUCCGGGGCCAAAUUCACGCGAGCCUAGUGAGUUUGAACAUCUGGUUGCUCGUGGCAUUCUCGUUGUGGAGAGACUUUGGAAGGAAGAAGGUCCUUAUUGGAGUGAAGUCGCUCGGGCUCAAUACUUGCUUGAUUUUGGCCUGAAAACUCUGAGACAUGUUGUGAUUACUGAUAUCUGGAAUGAGGAAACAGCUCCAUAUAUAUGCCAUGAAUUAUACCCUAGAUUGGGCGUUCCGUGGGCACAGGCAGAAAACGUCGACUGUAUGGUAUUUCAGCACGGUAGCACUGAGUAUCACGAGCUCCUCGGUACACAGUUGGGUAAAGGCGUGGCUUGCCUUGUCCUUUCGUCAUUCCCCAGGGGAACAAUGAAGAUCACCCAAAUAGUCACUUGGUGUAAUACAAAAUCACCGCAGAUGAGAUUUGUGAUUGAACCUGUUAUUGGUGCGCCUAUUGCGAUGGCCACAGCUGCAUGA